UUCUUCCAACUUCUUCCAGCUUCCAGCUAUGUAGAUCCCCGAGCCAUACCCUCCACUGUCGGAUAUUUUCUAAACUUCAUUUUUCUUCCAAAAUUUUUUCUGUUUAUCUCUAAUACCUCAAAUUUACCUCAAAAUAAAUAUUUUUAUUUGUGUUUUAUUUUUUUUUCAAUUUUUGUGUCUUGUUCCCAUUCGGAUUAUUUAUAAUAUUUAUUUUUUAUUUACGCGUUCCUUUUUAUUUUUUAUUGAUUAUUAAACUUUUUAUUUUUUAUUUUUUCAGAUCUCAAUUUAUUUAUAUUAAUUAAUUGAAUGGUAACAACAGAUCCACAAUGCUUGGAAGCGAAUAUUUAAAUCAUUUGUGGAAAGGCGGCAGCGGCAAAUUAAAAGCCCUCGCCAGGCCGUUGUUAAAGGAUGGCAUUGGGGAUCGCAUGGACAAAGGCAACUUAUGGGUAAUUCCAGGCUUUACCAUGUUUGUAUUUGCAGUAUUAUGGACAACUAAACUAUCAAAAAUCGCCCUCGAAGAGUCCACAUGCCGCGGUGCCUCAAUUUACAAUUUUGAAGGAACACAAUUAGACGACGAUGCCAAAAGGCAUUGUGAAACAGCAAAACGCUAUUAUGUUGGCGUUAAUGAACAAUUUUCUCUCGACCCUUCUUGGAGAACGCAGAGAGAAGUUAAAAACCCUGAAUGGGUUCUCUGGUUUUGGGGACCAAUUGUCUUUGUUAUGUAUGUUCUGACACGUUUUGUAUGGACUCUUUUAAUGGAAAAUCAAGGUAUCAACUUCCCAAACGUAAUUAGCGCUUCUCAAUCGGUUACUGUAGAAACUGAUGGAAUUAUUGAAGUAGAUGAAGAACGUUUGUUGGAAAGGCUGUCUGUUGUUGCUGAAAAUUUUAGAACGGCAUAUUCUUCAAGAGCAUUUGGCGCCUUUCUCGCCUUUGAAUUUUCACUUGUAUUGGCACCACUUAUUUUGUUACUAUUUGUUCUUCCAUUGAUGAUUGGUGCAAAUUAUCGGUCUUGGGGAUUUGACAUUAUGCGAGCUUGGUGGGAAGGCAGAGAUUGGCAAGGAAAUCCACUUGCUCCAUUCUUCGAGUUUUCUGGACACAGAGAUCGAAGUAUGCUCGUUCCAUUGGUGCCUCGAAUUACUUAUUGUGACUAUCAUUUUGUUUCGCUCGGCAACACACAUACGCUAACCUAUCGUUGCUAUUUGGAUGCAAAUUGGCAUGAAAGGACAGCUUUGUUUACUUGGGUUAUGCUUGUCUUCUUAACGUUAAUAAAUGUUGGCAAUUUAUUCUUCUGGGUAGAAUGGGCUAUUCGGAUGAGAAAUAAAAGGCAACGUAGAAAAUGGGUUACAAGGAAAUGGUUAAAUGCUGAUGGAUUUAGUGAUGCUGAGCUUACAAUGAUGAUUAAAUUUGCUGAAGAAUUUAGAAUGGGCCAACUUCUCUACUUCUACUUUAUCAAAUGCCAUACUGAUCGUGUUGUAGCAAGUGCAUUCUGUACAGCACUUUUUGGACGAUGGUUGGAGAAGAAAAGACGACAACGCGCUUCUUUGGGAAUGAAUGAUUCGUCAUAUCCAAUGUCACCACCACCUCAAAAUGGCGACGGAAUGGAAAAUAGAGAGGUCAGCGUUAUGUACAACAAAGGAAAAGGAAUUGGUUGGGAGCAUCUCCAAAGACUUUUGCCUUAA